UAGAAAAGCGGCCCUAGGUCUCGGAUAACAAGUCCCGAGGGAUUUAGUUCAGACUCGAAUCCAGUGGCAAUGAGUUCCCCGGCGAGAUCGUCAGUCUCGGCGACGAGCGUCGGCCAGGGCUGCGGGGUUGGCGGCUUCGUCGAUGAGUCCCCUGGCCCUUACCAAUUACCGCCGGAUGCCAUCUUCUCCGCAUAUGAACGCAAGGACGAAGCCCUCGCUGCAUUGAAGUCAGAACUGAUGGAGGCGCUUCAGAAGGAAGUGAAAUCAUUGGACGAAGACGCCUGGAUGUUUGCUGGCCCUCGGUCUCAAAUCCAACGCAUUUCACGGCCAGGUGAUCAAGUCCAAGGAGAGCAUGGAGAAACAUCUCAAGUAAAGAACAACUUGAUUCAAGACGGGAUUCCAACACCUCAACAACAUCAACCUUUUUCUGAGUGGGCUAGAGGAUUUAUUGAAGCAGAAAAUAAUUACCAAGAUGUUGCUGGAGAUAUCAUGAAGACAGUUUGAACUGAGGUGCUAGAUUUCAAAGGAAAAGUGAACCCCAUUUUAUUUGCUGAUUGACUUGCAUCAAUAGAAAAUAUUUUGAUUGGUACAACAUGUCAGAUGAUCGUAAGGUUUGCUCAAAUGAAGCUCGUGGGUUUAGCAAAAAUAUGGUGGAUUGGUGUUGAAGCAGACAUAAGGAGAUUAGGGCAACAACUAAUCAACUCAUGGCAAGAGAUGAAAGUUAAACAAUGAGAGAAGUAUUUGCCUACAAAUUGCUAUGACAAAUUAUGUGAUCAGCUUAUUAAUUUAAAGCAGAAUCAUUUAUUUGAGUA